UGACACGUAAAGUGACCUCUGACCCCAUCACAAUGCCAGCUGGCCAGUCUACAAAGGUCACAGCGGACAGACGGACUGGGGAGCAAGGCAUCUACGGCCACGAUCUGUUUAGGGCUUCGCUUCAUCAGUACAUUAAGAGCCAUAAGCCGCCUCUGAAACUACAACAGCCACCUAACGACGAGCCAGCUUCCCGUUCGAGCUCCGUCACUUCCGUUGCUGACGUCAUCAAAUCACGUGACUCCAGCAUGGUGGUGGCAGUAGACAAAGUGACCGAGGCAGUGGUAAUCGCCCCUACGCCAGCCUACACGCAGACCUCAGUGUACUCACAGCUACAGUUUGCGGACUACAAGCGGUACCGUGAAGAAGUCCACUUGAAGCCCCUCUUGUCUCCGGUCAAGUACUCGGACACACACUACCUGUACAUCAACAGCACCCGCAAACGUUUCGUAAGCCGGACCUUCUACGAACCUCGCGUCAAAGCCAGGGGCUUCGCGGAGACCACUUUCACCUGCCCGAAAACGAAACAAGAAAACUUUGUGAGCUAUCUGGACCACAACGUGGACGCUCAGCGCAAAUGGUUCAAAACGGCCGUCGAAAUCAAGGCCCGUCGUUUCCGAUCUGCGCAGGUGAUCCCAGCCCCGAUAGACAUCAACAGCAACUCGCUCACAGCAGUGGAUCAAACUAGGUUGGAACAGCAACGACUCAACUUUCCGAAUGAUUCAUCAUCAGAAAGAGGUAAUGGUGGCGUAGAAAAUGGCGUGGGCGAGCGCUUCCAGGAAAUCUUUGACCCAGGAGCGUCGCAGGUGUUUAUUCCGAAAAGGCGUGAAACUGUGGACGGGCAGCAAGCUCUGUUGAACGGGGGAAUCGUUCUUGAUUUUCCCAAUGGUGGAGUUGACUUACAACACCGUAAUGGACAUUUAUUAGACUUUUCGGAUGUGUAGUGUAGUUCUACAAUUGUUUCUUUUUAAAAAUAAAAACCAGGUUGUUUCUACGCACUACUCUAACAAAUGUCUCUUUUAAAAAGUAAAACAGACGCAGUGCUCUUCAUUUUUAUGUGAAAUUAACUCACCUCUCUCCACAUUCUGGCAGCCUUCUCUUUUCUUUUGAUGUUUCAGUUUCGAGUUUGGUCAAAAUUAGAAAGAUGGCUGUUCCGAAAUAUUGUUUACUUGGUGAUUAUAAGCAGCAGUCAACCCAAAAGUACAACUCAUGCUAAAGAGACUAUCUGUCCCAGAAUAAAAUGAUCAUCCUGCCUGUAAAUAAUUUACACCCACUUUGAAACGAUUUAGAUCAGGUAGUGAGCGGUUCCUUUUGACCUUGCCUGUUAGGAACAGUCUUGUCUUUUUUUGGUCAUUGUUACUCCCUUGUCAUUCAUCUAAUCGUCGGCUCGAACAUGAUCCAAUUGUAUAGCAAGUGCCUAAAACCUCUUGCUAAAACAUACAAAAAUCUGAGUCCCACACUUUAGGUACGCCAAUUGUGUCUGCAAAUAGCCCUCCCUUCCUUUCCACUACUGACGUUCGUUCACAAGAAGCGUCCGAGCAAUAUCUCAGAGGAUAUUCAGCUUCAACAGCCUGUAGUUUCUCAAAGUCCUCCGUCUUAUUCUUGGUCUUCCUAUCUUUCUUUUUCCUUUUGUAUUCGUUAACGAUUUUUCUUGUUGAUUCCUAAAGCACAAGAAUGAACCAUUCCGAUAUGAGACUGCAAAUCCUUGACAAUAAAUACUGCCCAGUUACUUGAAAUAUUGUAACCCUAAUAAUAAUUGACUAUGAUGCAUACGCAGUUUGGGUUCGAUUUCUUGCAAGCAAAGGUCUGUCGUGAAUAUGCUCUGCCAGGUGGGUUAUAGCCUUUUACGUUUACUCUUUUAAAAAAGGGUCUUACUUUGUUAAUCCUUUCAUAACGUGUAUGUGCUGUGUUUCAAGAAUCUUGGUAUUCUGCUCCAGUACGUCAAAGUAUACUGGGACAGGGUGGUCAGUUCACGGUCUGAAUCUAAUAAUGAUAAGACUGAAAAGAAAUUCUGAAUCUUUUAGCAAUUCUUCAGGGAAGGACAUAUUAAGUUAUCUGCUACUGUCGUUUCGUUCUUGUUGUUUUCUUUUCUGAUCAGAACUCCUAGAUGUAGCCACCGUGUAAUACCCCCUGUGAAAGCAAUUGAAAGCAAUUUCUUUAUCAUCAUUAUUGUCUUUCUCACCUUGGAUCAGGGUACAUACCACAGACGAACACUUCACAUUGCACCCUAUCUUGGACUACCUCUCGACAUUCCCAUGUCUUUCCACUUUUCGGACUGUGAAAAUGACCAUCAAUAAUUUAUUUAUAGAGGCACCAGCCAGGACUGUGAAAAUGACCUUCCAUAAUUAGUUUAUAGAUGCACCAGCCAUCCAUGUUUAAGUGCUGUUUUAGCCUUACUGCUAGAACGACAUCCCUUUUUAAGUAAUAGGCCGACCUUAGAGAAGUGUUAAGUGUAGAAACAGGGUCAUUAUCAUGUACUUUUGUCUAGCAUUCGAAACCAGUGCGGAUUAAA